ACGUUGUAUUAAGAUGUUUGUAAUAUUUUCUAAAAAGAAAAACAACAAAUUAACAAUGGAGAAGAAGUAAGAAUAAUUGAAUUGAACAACUGCCAUUUUGAACGCAUUCGCAUUUACACCUUCAUGUAUCACCAGCAAUAGAGCUGACACAACUGGCCGAUGUGUAGCUAAAAAAGGGUAAACAAACAAACUACUCGCAGAAGUUUUCUGCGAAAUCGCUUGUCCGUAGCACUUAAGGAAGCGACAAUGAAGGAAAUAUGUUUGGACAUAGACUUACACAAAGUGUGUCGAAUCUGUUUAUCACAAACCAAUAUGAACGAGGCACUGUUCAACAUAUUUGCGGAUGCAAUUGUGGACGGUAGGAUUGUGCCGCUGGUUGAAGUGAUCGAGAGCUGUGUCGGCAUACAGGUGAAAAACUCCCAGGAGCUUCCGAGUAAAAUAUGCCACACGUGCAAAUCUAUCAUUCUCCAGUUUCACGUUUUUAAACAAAAGUGUAGUCGAGCGGAAAGUGUAUUGCGAGAGAUGCUGUUACACCGAACAUCAAUUAAUGAACACAUAGAAGAAGGUGGUUUCCUUGAUAGUGACUAUUUGGAGGAAAGUAAAUCAGUCCAUUCACCUUUGGUGGAAUACAUUGAAGAAACCAUCGAGGAGGCGCAGGAGCAGGAGGAGGAGGUGGGUAUUGUGUUAAGCAAUGACAGUGAAUCCGUAACUACCGAUGGGAUGUGGGAAUGUCUCAUUAGCCAAUUUCCGGAAGGGGUUGAAGAUUCGGAUAAAGAUACUACAAUCAUUCAUACAGAGGAAUAUUUGUCCGAUAUGGGAGACGGAAAUUUUGUGUCCGCGUUGGAAAUGGCACCCAGCGUCGAACGAGCGGUGGCCAAACAUGAACCAACUGCAUUGGAUGAUUUAAAAUCAGUGCAAAGCAAUCGUCAUGUAUGCAACAUAUGCGGAAAGAUAGCCCUCUCAAAAUCACGCCUGGCAAAACACAUGCAGCUUCAUAUUGAUUCUAAAAUAGUGCUCGAUCAUAUGAACUUUUUCAUUUGCACCUUCUGCCGAUAUGUAUUUCUGCGAGAACAAGAUUUGAGUGACCACAGCGUGCAGUGUUCCGGAUGCCUAAACUUUCCGGUUGUUAGGAAUGAGCCGUGCCGUGUUCGUGACAAUGUAGAACCUGCCAAGCGCAUUGUGGGAGGCAGUGGCGUCUGCGGAAUCUGUGACGCAGGGUAUGAUGAUCUGUUGCACGUGAAACAGCAUAUCAUUAGUCAUUUGGAAAAGUUUCCAUGCCCGUUGGAGGGUUGUGGAUGCGAGUACUCCUCACUGGCACGGUUGACCAUACAUAUCAGCAAUCAGCAUGUCGAUUAUCUUUCGCCAAACUGUCCCCACUGUAAGGAGGAAAUCGAUCGAGUCGAUUUAAGGCAACAUGUAAGACUCUACUGCAAAGCGAAACAGUUUGAGUGUACACAUUGUGAUAAAAAGUUUCUCUCUUGGAAAGCAUUAUCACAACAUCUGAAAAAAUUAGACCAAAAGUUUCACUGUUCGCAAUGUGAUAAAUCAUUUUCAUCGCAAGCCUCGUUGAAACUACAUGAACGUACACACAGUGGAGAACGACCGUACGUAUGCACGAUUUGCAACAAGUCGUAUAAAACAUCCAGCUUGCGAACAGCGCACAUGGAUACGCACAUCGAAGGGAAAACGUUCAAAUGCGAAAUGUGCGGCAAAAGUCUCCAGACGCGUGCCUGCUACAGGAACCACGUGAAACGACAUUUGGAACAACGCAAUCAUGAAUGUCCCGUGUGUGGAAAGAAAUUCUUCCAAAAAUGUACACUUCGUGUGCAUCUGAAAAUGGUGCACCGAUUAUCGGGCGAUAUGUUGGAUGUGUAAUAAAUUAUUUUUUUUGUAACGCUAAA